UUUAUUUUUGGGGAAAAACUAAAUACACAAAAGUCACUAAAAGUUGAAUAAGCAAAUAACGUGAAGUUGGAUGCUUAAAAUUUUUUGUGAUUGUUAUUUCUCGGAGUAUCAUUAAAAGCUUGCUAAAUUAACAAAGGGGUUUAUUUUCGAAAUAAUAAAAUAAUGGAAAACAUAUUCCAUGAAAAGCAAGAAGGUUCUUUAUGUGCCCAACAUUGUUUAAACUCCUUGUUACAAGGUUCUUAUUACACAGCGGUCGACUUAAGCACAUUGGCGGAAAAAAUGGAUGAAGCUGAACGACUUCGUAUGGCAGAAUGUGGUGAAGAGAGUGAAGAAUACAAAAAGUUUUUAGCUCAACCUUCGGGUAAUAUGGACGAUAGCGGCUAUUUUUCCGUACAGGUCAUAAGUGCCGCCUUAGAAGUAUGGGGAUUAGAGUUGGUUCCAUAUUCAAGCUCUGACGAAAGAGUCAAACAAUCGGAACCAGAUAAAAUGCGAGCAUUUAUAUGUAAUUACAAAGACCAUUGGUUUACGGUACGGCGAAUUGGUAUCCAAUGGUUUAAUUUAAACUCGCUUUUACCUAGACCCGAAUUAAUUUCUGAUACUUAUUUAUCUUUAUUUUUGGCACAAUUACAAAACGAUCGAUACUCGAUAUUCGUUGUACUCGGUGAACUUCCUCAGUGCGAUGCAGAUGUAAUUUUAAAAUCUAAACCAAUUCUCCCGCAAACACGUAGCGCAAGAGUUGUUCAUCAUCAAAUAUCAUUAGAAAAUGACCCCGAUUUAAGAGCGGCUUUAGAGUUAAGUUUAGCAGAGGAUGAGGGAAAUACUCUGGAAGGGGAUGAUUUACAAGAAGCGAUACGAUUAAGUAUGCAAUUAAGGAGUGGAGGAGAUGACGAAGAUGAGGAUAGUUUACUUCAAAAAGCGAUACAUAUGAGUUUAGAAUGCUAGCAUUGAUUUUUAAUUUUAAAAAAGCAUUUUCUUUUUCUUUAUUAGUUUGUAUA